AUGUCUUCCAAUGAGCACCCCACCCUCAAAACCCCGAAGCCCAAGCUUGUCAUUUUCGAUUUCGAUGGCACUAUUAUGGAUACUACUGAAGCGAUCAAUACAACCUUCUAUAGAUCCUUUGAGCUUCUCCUCCCCGAUUUUCCUGUCCCCGAAGAAGCCCUACGUUACAGGAUCUCCCUUGGGCAACCAGCUGCGGCAACAUUCGGCGCCCUCUGGCCGGAUACACACAAGAGUUCAUUCGAUGUCGAAAAGUGCGUAGCCACCUUCCGGGCCAUGUACGACAAAUAUGGAUUCGAUCUCCAGAAGCCCUUUAUCCAUGCGGACUCGGUCCUCCGUGCUGUUGCAGAAAGGGGAAUCCCGGUGGCCAUCGUGAGCAACAAGAAUGUUGGGGUGAUCAAGAAUACAAUGGAGACCCAUAAGCUGACCGGUCUAGUUCCUGACGAGCUCAUCGUUGGAAGUCCAAUGUACAAGACAAACCAGAAGCCCCAUCCGGCAGCGUACACCGAUGUCCUCCUGCCGCUUUUGAAGCAGAGGUAUGGAGAGGAUUUUGAGCACCAGGACGGUGAUGUCUUGAUGAUUGGUGAUACUGUCUCUGACCUCAAGUUUGCGCACAAUAUAGGAGCCAAAUCGGUCUGGUGUGCAUACGGUGAUGGCAGCAAGGAGGAGUGCAGAAGUCUAAAGCCGGAGUUUAUGAUUGACCAGCUGUUUGAUGUUCUGGCGGUGAUUGAUGGGCUGCAGAUGCCUUGA